CACACUUCUCCCAUUUUUUCCCAUCGCAAUCACCAUAAUAAGGUAUGUACAGUUGUUCAAAAUGCCAAGCCAUCGAAUCCGAAUCAGUUAUAUGAUAAGUGUAUUUAUUAUAUGUGCAUCCAACUAAUUUACAAUUGAAUCACGUCGAACGUGUUCUGUAAUUAAUUGGGUUCGGGCAGGUGCAUUCUUGCGAGAAUUUUGAGUACUCUGUGUUGUGUGUAAGAUUUACAUAUGUUUUUCAUCAUUUCUGACGUAGCAUAUUUGUCUGUGAUGCAUAUUGAGUUGCAGCAUCCUGAAACUGAUAAGAUGAGAUGGCAGCCAGAAAAGGAAUAGAAUGUCCUACAUGGAGACCGAGGUCGAAAUUAACAUCAGAACUCCAGCUUCAUCUUUGCGGUUCGAUUUUCACAUUGGACAAGGAACUUCUGGCCCUCAAGUCAGCAAAGAUAGCAAAGCUAUUGCAAAAGAGCCCUCAUGACGAUCUCUCCCUUCAACUCCGCGAUAUCCCUGCUGAUCAAGAGUCGAUGGAGCUUGUGGGAAGAUUCUGCCACGGCUUUGAGAUCAACCUGUCGACAGAAAACGUUGUUCGUGUUGCUUGCGUUGCUCAAUACCUUGGAAUGACUGAAAGCCAUUGUCCUAACAAUCUAAUCAACACGGCCCUCUUGUUCUUCGAGCACCACAUUAUUCCUAGCUGGAACAAUUCCAUCAAAGCUCUUAAGAGUGCAGAGAAUGUUCUUCAACAAGCUGUACAACUUGGCCUGGUUGAUUACUGUGUGGAAUCUAUUAUCUCAAAGGUACUCGAUGAUCCACGUCUACUCGGAGAGCCAAUCAAGAAUUCAAUCUCUGAUGAUGAUAGUGAUGAGAAUGAGAAUGCUUAUAGGCCAAAUGCCAGGAGGAAGCUUUUCGAUAUCAACUGGAAAUCCGAAGAUUUAAGUACACUCUCCUUGAGACUUUAUGCACCUAUAAUCCAAGCAAUGGUUCAGCGCAACGUUCCACAAGAAUACGUGGUUGCAAAUCUGUGUCAAUAUGCAAAGACAUGGUUAUUUUCCAACGAUAAAGUAGGAGACGAUACGCCAAACUACAAGAGGAAUUCGCAAAGGGAGAUGGUUGAAGCUUUGGUUAAACUUCUCCCUAAUCAAAGAGGCAUAGUUCCCUGCAAGUUUCUGUUUGAAAUGCUGCAAUUUGCGGUCGCCCUGGAUGCAAAUGCUGAAUGUAAAAAUGGGCUGGAGACCAGAAUCGGGAAGCAGUUAGACCAGGCAUCGGUUAACGAUCUCUUAAUACCUUCCCAAGGAUACGCGAAGGAUGAGAAGUACGACACCGAGUGUGUGAGGAGGAUAUUGAAAAACUUCUACUGCAACUACACCGGUCCAGACCCGUGUGGGCUAAAUUCAGUGGCAGAACUUAUCGAUGAAUUCUUGGCAGAAAUCUCUGUUGACAUAGAUCUGAAGAUCAGCACAUUUAUAGCACUUGCUGAUAUGUCGGUUGCAGCAUCAACAGGGACUCAGAGAUCAUCAGAUGGAUUAUACAGAGCCAUCGACAUCUACCUGGACAAGCACAGGCAUUUGACAGAAUCGGAACGAGAUGAGCUGUGCAGGGUUUUGGAUUGCAAUAAGCUGUCUGACGAAGCAUGCGAACACGCUGCACAGAACGAACGGCUGCCUAUACGUGUUGUCGUGCAAGUUCUAUUUAUGUCACAGUUGAAGCUAAGAGAGAGUAUUCCCAAAGAAGUCCAAGGUCCCGAAAGCCGGUUGCUGAAGGUGGAGGAGGAAGAGGGAGACAGGAAGAGGGAGGAAGAAGUGAGAGCCGAGAUAGAGAAGAUGGGAAGUAAAGUGUGGGAGCUUGAGAGAGAAUGUCAUGUGAUGAGGCGAGAGAUAGAGAGAGGGAGUGUGAGAAGGCAGAAAAUGAGCAUGUGGAAAGAAAUGAAGAGGAAAUUGGGGUGUAUGACAAGCAUGCAUGAUUGCAAUUGCCAUGUAAAGAAGAAGAAAGUGCACCCCGGAUAGAAGAAGAGCUUCCUCAUCAGUUCAAGACAAGUCAGAAACCAAGAAUUUAGGAUCAAAUUAUGUUCCAUGACAACUCUGUCUCAUGAUUAUGUUUCACUUUUUCUACUGACUUUGAGUUUGAAUUUGCAGCAGUAAUGAUGUGAUGAUGUGUGUGACAACCUUAAUC